UUGUUUACUGAGCACUGCAGUGGAGAAAAAUACAUUCACAUAGUGAGAAGGGCAGAAGUGCGUUACAAAAGAAAUAUAGAAAUAAAGAAAAAAGAUGACACCAGCCUACAUUCUGCUGCUCUUCUUUCAGUGCUGCUGUGUCUCAGGGCAGCUUGGAAAUAACUUCAGUCAUCUGGCUAACCUGGCAUUGAAGGUUUCUGUCGAUAAAGUCAACAGGCAGUCCAGCAAUUUCAACCUGCACAGGCCAACAAGCAGUGUGGUCCGAGAGAUCACACUGGGACGUGAUAAUACAUAUGAUAUCCUGCUUGAUUUCGGAAUAAAGGAGACAGUCUGUCUGAAAUAUACCAGGAGACCAUACAGGAAUCAUUGCCAUUUCAAACAGGGACGUCUUGCGUCAAAGAAAUUGUGCUCCAGUCUUGUGCGUGUUGGCAGCAUUUCUGUUGCUCCUCUGGGCAUCAGUUGUCUGGCUGAAACAGCUGCGCUUGGGUCCAGCUCAGAGUCCAGCAGUGAAGAGGUCAUUAUCCAGCGGACAGGACGGGUUCCUCUGGGCUCUUUGUCUUCAGGAGUCAUUCUGUGUCGAGGAGAGUUUAACUGUUCGAGAUUACUACUGUGAUUUCAUGAAAUGUGAUUACAAUAGACAGACAAACAGAUAAACCUCCAACUGAUGUUUCAAAUAAAACAGUAACUUUACAUGAAAUUGUUUUGCUUUAAAAAGAUACAUUUUCAACCAAGAAAAUACUAUAAUGAAAUAAUUAUCUCCUUAUUUCGCUGUACAUUCUGUGGUAAACAAACAAGGAGUGUCUCUUAUAACAUUAAAUGUGUAAAAUUAAAAGUGUGUGUAGUUAAUUGCUGCAGUAUAGCCUUAAUCUCUUGAGCAAUGUUCAACCCAAGGCACAUUCUUUUACAGUUCCAUCAUAGUUUAAUCAGGCAUAUAAACGUGUGCAACACAUAUUUGUAGCUAGCUAUAUUUGUAGAUUUUUAAAACAUUAUGCAUGUAUUAUAUAGUGUAUUGUCCAUAAUGGACUAACAUUGUUAUUCAUUGUAAAUCAAGAGGAUUCAGCAUAAGAAGCUUUUAAUCGUAUGAUGAUAAUGAACCAUCAAAAUAACAAGAACUUGGACAACAUUCUGUGUGAUUAACACAUUUAUAUUGUUCACUUUAAAUGUAACAGACAUUUACUUCCCCAUUUAUUUAACUAAAGGUUCCUGACUUUAAGAAGCAGCAUUAGCUCUGUACUCCUCCCUGUAAAGAGAACUCUAUCUAUUCCUACAUUUCAUUGCUCAGCCUUUCAAAAUGAAAGACUUUUGGAGA